UUCGGGAACCCUGGACCGCAGACGAAAACAGCGUCAAGCCGAGGACCUGCUCAAACCGAACGUCUGCAUACCGAUCGUUGGUUUUUUAUAAGCGCGCGUCGGUGCACGCCGCCGUGUGCCUGUGUGAGUGGGAGUGCGUCUGUGUGCGGGGCGGCUCGUUCUCGCGCGCGCCUCGCUCCAUUGUUGUGUGCAGUAGACUCGCGACUCUCGGCCGGCCGCGGUCCGUAUCACGCGCUCGCGGACAACGACUAAAACUGCCGGCGAUAAACAAAAUAAUGACCAGUGUACCACAUUACGUGCAUCGCGAGUGCAACAAGCGACAACAGUGUGUGAUAACGAGUAUGUAACGUGCGUGUUGUGUCAAACGGUGUGCGUUUUUCGACGUGUUUUGGAGUUUGAAGGCGCGUGGACAGCGCAAUGCACGUCGUGUUUAGAUGCAACCCAACACAAAAUAUAACGGAACACCUCAACCUUAGGCAUUUUAAGUUUAACCUGACAAAAGUUAUCUGUGAUCUCAUUUUAGUUUAGUAAAAAAAAAAACAAACAAUCGCCUAAAUUAGUUACGAAUUAAGUGCAGAAAAAAAAACAUUACCCAUAGACUGAACAAACAAAUGUCAAAAUCCGGUGCGAAGGACCGUGAAGUUUGAAUUUGGAACAAACAAAAUGGCGGUACAGUGAGUGGUCAUGGAUGACAGAUAGUGGAUAGGUUGUAGGUGUCAGAGGAUGGGAUAAUGGAAGUUGGGGCGUUGGGUUCGUGAAGAUGCCGCAUGCUCAUUCGAGUUCGGCGGCGAGCUCGGGCGGCGACGACCUGGGCUCCACUGAUGAGGUCAAGGUUUUCAAAGACGAGGGCGACGGAGAAGACGAGAAGCGAAGUUCCGAGAACUUACUGGAAGAAAAGUCCAGUCUAAUCGAUUGGACUGAAAGUGAGGAGAAGUCCGGCGAGCCUUAUCCCGGUAAACUAUCGGUAAAGUCGGACCUCAGUCCUGUGUUUGGUAAAUUCGAGCCGCAUCCAGCAACAGGAUUCAACAUGGGUUACCUUAUGGCGCCGUACCCUUACCCUAAUGGGGGGGCGCAUCCCCUACCCGUCUCUAUGUUUAUCGACAGCGGCAUCGACCGUGUCCCAUCACUACAGACGGGUAAGAUGGGCUUACCAGCGGGUGGAGGCCUAUCGUUGUUCUGUCCUGGUGGCGAACUGGGGCAGCCCCCUCCUGCCCAUAUGGGCAUACCUCCGCCUUACCAGCUCGACUCUAAAUUAGCGGCUGGGUUGGCGCGCACCCCCAUGUACCCCUUCCCUGGGGGGACGUACCCCUACCCCAUGCUCAGUCCAGAGAUGUCACAAGUCGCAGCCUCAUGGCACACGCCAACCAUGUAUCCUAUAUCGUCAGCGGCGAGCGGGUUUCGAAGUCCGUACCCCACGUCGUUGCCCAUCUCAAGUUCUAGUCUAUCGAGAUCGCUAGAGAAAGGCAGUAGCAGUUCUUCAAGCGACAAACCUUCAGACAGUUCAGCCAAUUCGAAUAGCAAGGAACAAAAUAAGAAGCCACAUAUAAAGAAACCCUUAAAUGCUUUCAUGCUUUACAUGAAAGAAAUGAGGGCAAAAGUAGUGGCUGAAUGUACACUUAAAGAGUCAGCAGCCAUCAAUCAAAUUCUUGGCCGACGGCCUGUAACAUUACGAGAACCGAACCCGCUCACCGUAGCCCCGGAACGCGAUCUCAUUCCUAACAAGAGUAACAAUGUAUUUACAAAAACUGAGUCGAGCCACAUGUCGGCGACUGGUAACCCAAUAUCCUGGUGUCAUAAUACGCAGUGGCAUUCGUUGAGCCGCGAGGAACAAGCAAAGUACUAUGAGAAAGCGAGACAAGAGCGACAGCUCCAUAUGCAGCUGUACCCCGGGUGGAGCGCCAGGGACAACUACGGUUACGGCUCCAAAAAGAAAAAGCGGAAAAAGGACCGCAGUCCCGCAGAGCUGGGAGGGGACAAAAUUGUGCGAUUAGGUCGCCGGUCGCCGGUCGCUAGCACGUGCCCAGGUCGCGUCCACCGUCACAGUGCAUUUCUCUGUUUUCUUUCCAUAUUCGGCGCGUUCACGAUACAGUGGCAUGCGCUCGGCCGCGAGGAGCAAGCCAAGUAUUACGAGCUGGCGCGCCGAGAGCGGCAGCUGCACAUGCAACUCUAUCCCGAUUGGUCGUCUAGGGCUAAUACGCAAAGGGGCAAGAAGAGGAAACGAAAACAGGAGACAACCGAUGGAGGAAACAAUUUGAAGAAGUGUCGAGCGAGAUACGGUCUCGACCAACAAAGUCAAUGGUGCAAGCCUUGCAGGCGGAAGAAGAAGUGCGUACGCUACAUGGAAGCCCUAGCGGCCGCGUCGGGGACGGUGCCGAUGCCGAUGGCGACCCCCCAGUCGCCCUGCUCUGAGGAGGACGUGAAGCUGGAGGAGAUGUCGGACGCGUCGAGCGAUGGUGAUGCUGAUACGCCGCUGAACUCGGCGUCCAGCCCGGGUGCGCUUUCCGCGCUGUCGUCGCUGGCGUCGCCCGCGUCGGAGCCCGCGCCCGCGCCGCGCCACCCCGUCGGCACCAACCCGCGCGACGCCAACAACCCGCUGUCCGUGGGCCAGCUGACGUCACAGAGCUGGCCGCGCGCCGCGCCGCGCCCCGGCCACGAGGUCAUCUCGGUGUCAUAGUGCCGGUACCCUGUCUGCCCGCCAGCCGCCGGACGCUCGCGCUCGGCUCCGGGCAGCACAGACACACGCAGUGCAGUGCAAACUAUCCGUUCUCUGCUCCGCUCGAUGAUCUUGUCUACUGAACUUAUACCGGCGGACUACAGAGCGGCUAGUUUACAUCGGACGAGUGGCGACAUCUAUCGAACAGUGCGUGAGACGUUUACCGCCACCUAGCGGCCGCGGCGUGAAUUGAGUCGUGUCGGUUGUGAUAUGAACAUUACGAUAAGAACCGAUUGUUACUGCUGUUCUCAAUAACAAAUGUUUGGAGGAACCCGUAAUGACUAACCUACCUCUGUUCGGCUUAUUGACGAGUGUUGAGUCAUGGGACUGCCGGCACUUUCGUGAACUAUAGCGGAUUAAUAAUAUAUUGUAUAACCUAAAGCAUACAGUUUCAUGUAAUAUUUAAAAGGGCCUAAUGUGUAACUAUUAAUAUAACUGCACCAAGUGCUCGGUGGUCCUGUGGCUCGGAGUCGUGCAACUAUAGAGUGGCUGGUUCUACAGUAACGUACUAUAAGUA